AUUAUUUGAGAAUGCGAUCGUUCGUCCAAGCGUAAAAUGAGGACUCCAAACUUUUACGCAGAGGCCCCACUUUUAAAGCAACGGUUUCAGGUUUUUGUAGGUAAUCAAAGAUACUGAGUACUAUAAACACAUUUAAUGGGACGCAUAAAUAUUAAUCUUUAUUCAUUCUUCUUAUUGGUGGGACAGUCGGUUGUGUAGCAUAAGCUUCCAUUUUGGAGAAAAACCAAAACAAAAAAAGCUCAUACGCAAAGUUAAAGAUGAUUUUGUUCAUAAAAGGGGUGUGAAAUGAUGGAUAGGGGGAGGGGAGAGUUGCUGUUUCCACUGUAUGACAGGGAGGCAGCAGCAGGCAGGCGGCACCGCUUACAGACCCUCCAACAAUACUGUUUUUAGUCAUGUAGUCCUCCCUUCCUCCCACCCCCAUCAGAGCGGCUGUUCCUCAUUGUUGUGUUUGAGAAAAAAAACUUCACUUCGUCACUCCAAAGUCUUUAUUUCAGAGUAAAACAUUCUGCAUAAAUUAGAAGAGUGACAGUUUUUUUGAUUAUUCAUCACAUUCUCCAACAAAUAUCUAAGUGCGUAUGACAACUGUGCAUUCAUUUAAAUGUAUUUGUGGUGCGUAUAGGAAACUGGGCACACUGAAGACUGUCAUCACAACUAUAUAUCCAAACUCGGGUUUUCAUCUCUAGUAGGCCUAUGAACGCAGGUGCCCAAUCCUUCUGUGCGGACACAGUUAGGGAGGUGUGGCGGCUCGGCAUCGACUCAAUCAGCAUAUUGAUCUUGGAUUUUCAAAUUAAUUAUAACAAACGCUGUUACCGCACAGUUUGCUAAUUAACCCACAAAUAAAAACCGUUUUCUCGAGCAGAAUUUAAACAGACAUGAUGCUGGGGCAGAGAAGGCAGUGGGCUACUUCCAUAAAAUUAAGUUAACCCCCCCAACACGGUUCUCAUCGUGACACCAAUUCUGCUCUAUUCCAUAAGCUGCCGCAAUGAAAAGUGCAUUAGCAUUCUGAGUUGGGGUGUAUAUCUAAGUGGCUUAAAAGUGAUUUGAAGUUGAUUUGUAUAUAAAAGGCCCCCUUUAUCCGGAUUGAAGCCCUAAUCUGCUCGGUGUCGCAUGACUGCUCCAGGAAACCCGUUUGAGCACCUUCAUAUAAAGCUGGAGUAUAAACGUAGCAUGGCUGUCAUUAAAGCCUUUUUACAAAAGCCCAUUUCCUUUUACUGUCAUCUGAAGGAAAGAGAGACAGAGGGAGAUUAUCCAACCUACAACCGCUCCAGUGACUAAUGUGGAACAUGCAAAUUAGCAGAUAAAUGUCACACCAUGAAACAUUCACCCAAUAUGGAGAAGUGUGGGGACACUGAAACUUGCUCCUAGUCUGGGGCUGGAUGGAGAUGCCGCAAAGUGGCUCAAGCUGUGAUUACACUGGGCUACAUGUGCGUCGAGGGAGGUCUGCAGACCAGAUGUUUGGAAUGGUUUUUAUUCUCACUCGUCCCCCUCUUUCCUGGUUCAUCAUAUAUCAAACUUCUGAUUGUAGACUGUAGUUCAUCUCUCCCGCAGUCGAAAAAAAAAUACUUAGACAGUCCUGGCAGUGCGAGUUACAGGAAGAGCUUAGAUUAUUCUCUGUUCAAGCUUCGUUGUGCGUGCGCGUCUUGGGCUCAUAAAGCCUGGUGAUAAACGUUUUGUUUAUUGGGCCUAAUCUGAAUUUGUAUCCAAAUAUACUGAAGUGCUCUAAAAGUGCAAGUUUAAGCAGGAUAUUGUAAACCGAAUAGAUGUAAAUAUGUAAAAUGAGUGUCUACUUUCUGCACAAUAAAUUGUGUAGAAAGGAAAUGAAAUGUACAGUCACUGCACAUUUUAAGAGCGCGUUUGCAGAAAGGAGGAGGAGGAGAUGCGGUUAGGGAGUAGACUAAUCCAACCACCGGGUAAAAAGGGCAGUUUUCGGUGGCUCAUAUUCUGCUGUAACUGUAUUGCACCGUGACACCAGCUUUGAACAGCGGCGGAGCACCAACCCGGGCGCACCCACAGCAUCUGUACCAACACAUCACUGCUUCAGGGGCACUUCUCUUUUCUGCAAGACUCGAUGUGGGAGCAGGAGCACGGCCAGUGGGAAAACACUCAUAGCUGCACACAUUUACAGGGCAUCGAUUCUGUGACGACCGUGAGAUUCCACAAGUAAUAUGCUCAGCACUGUGGAUUGCCCUAUUUUUUCCUCUUCCUUUCUCCUUUCUACCCAGUUGUGUUUCCUUAUUCAUUGUGCGCCCUAUGAAGAGCAUUAACUAUCCCUCCCUCCAAUCCUAUUGAAUAGGCUCUGAAAAAAAAAACUGAGGGAGAUGAGAGCAGCAAAUCCCUUUUUUAUUCCCCUCGUAGCGCUCAAUAAGAGAAGAAUGUGUUGCCUAUCAGUCACCGAGGGUAUCAAGUCUUCGGGACUGUCCCACGCGUUCAAUGCGCCGUGCAGAGCAUCACUGAGAGCGACAGAGUGAAGAGGAGUGCAGCAGCAGCAGCAGCAGCAGCCGCAGCAGUAGCAUCCUGCCUGGACACUUCACAUCAUUUAGCAACCUGUCUCCACUCAAGAUCCAUUUGAGUCUAUUAGGGCUGCCUGCUUCUCUCACCUUUCAAACCCCCUCACUGGACUUUGGCGUGGUGAGUAUAUAUCUUGCAGCCUGGUCACUUAGAAUGUACUGAAGAAACAAUGAUUACCAAUAUUCUGUUAAGCAACUAAGAUGUAGAAAAACACGCACUGCCAGGCUUUGGCAAUUUUUUCUUAUUUUGAGUUGAUUGUUUACUUUAAGGCUUUUUUUUUAUUAACAUGUGCAUAUUUGUGCUGGAGUGGUCUAAUGCAUAACUGUCAAAGAUAUUUAGAACUAGACCAUAACUCUGAGCAAAACCCACGACAAAAUAAAAGCUUACAUUUUGAUAUUUCCCUCUACAUUUCACCUGAAGGCACGAUGAGGAGUCUGGCGCUGCUCUUAGGGGUGAAAGCCGCUUGCAUCCUGCUGGUGUCUUCGCUCUCAGGCACCGGGGCGGUGAACAACAGCGGCCGGUGGUGGGGUAUUGUCAAUGUGGCCUCCUCUUCCAACCUCCUCACCAAUUCCAAGAAUGUGCAGUUGGUCCUGGACCCAAGCCUGGCCCUACUGAGUCGUCGCCAGCGCCGUCUGAUUCGGCAAAAUCCUGGCAUCUUGCAUGCCAUCGCUGCUGGGCUGCACACUGCCAUAAAAGAGUGCAAGUGGCAGUUCCGCAAUCGCCGCUGGAACUGCCCGACCACACACAGCCCUGCGAUUUUUGGCAAAAUCGUCAAUCGUGGUUGCCGAGAGACAGCAUUUGUGUUUGCCAUUACCAGUGCAGGGGUGACCCAUGCUGUGGCUCGCUCUUGCUCAGAAGGGGCCAUUGAGUCAUGCACAUGUGACUACCGCCGCCGAGGUCCUGGAGGGCCAGACUGGCACUGGGGGGGUUGCAGUGAUAAUGUGGACUUUGGCCGGAUGUUCAGCCGUGAGUUUGUGGACUCCAGUGAGCGGGGCAGGGAUCUGCGCUACCUCACCAACCUACACAAUAAUGAAGCUGGUCGAAUGACUGUGUCAUCAGAGAUGCGUCAAGAGUGUAAGUGCCAUGGCAUGUCGGGCUCCUGCACUGUGCGUACCUGUUGGAUGCGGCUGCCAAGCUUCCGCACAGUGGGAGACUUCCUCAAGGACCGGUUUGAUGGUGCAUCCAGAGUUGUUUAUGCCAACAAAGGAAGCAACCGCGCCUCUCACCGAGCCGACUCCCGACACCUGGAGCCUGAAAACCCAGCUCACAAACCCCCCUCUGCCAUGGACCUAGUCUAUUUUGAGAAAUCACCUAAUUUCUGCUCCUACAAUGGCAAAACUGGCACUUUGGGAACUUCUGGGAGGACAUGCAACAGCUCUUCUCCAGGCCUAGAUGGAUGUGAGUUGCUAUGCUGUGGACGUGGGUUUAAGACCCAGACAGAGAGCGUGACUGAACGUUGCCAUUGCACCUUCCACUGGUGCUGUCAUGUCAGCUGCUUGAACUGCACCAGUACACGAACACUGCACCAGUGUCUAUGAUCACAGGUGGACAACCAAGUAAAUAUUUAGGUCUAUACAAAAGGCAAAGAAAAACUUCUUAGCAAAUAAGGUACUUGGCUGAGAAAGCCAGUAGCAAGCAGGUGGUUUGAGAUAUUAGAUAGAAGCUAGAAAAGAUUCAAGCCAGGUAAACUGAUACAGGGAACUGGCACAAAAAAAAAAAAAUCAAUCAGUGUUUUGAGAGUGGGAGAUGGAGAAAAGCACAAAUACAUGAACAGGGUAUAGAGGGAGU